UUUCUUCGACGACGGAAACCCUAAUUCGUAUCCUAUCAUACCAGAAAGGGGAGGAGAAGUUUUUUACUGAGGCGCGAAAAUGAGCGGAACAAAGGGGAAGAAGAAGGGAACAAGCUUCGUGAUCGAUUGCACGAAGCCAGUUGAAGACAAGAUUAUGGACAUUGCUUCUCUCGAGAAGUUUCUUCAAGAGAGGAUUAAGGUUGGUGGUAAAGCUGGUGCUCUUGGUGAUUCCGUCACCGUUACUCGUGAGAAGAGUAAGAUCACCGUUACUUCCGAUAGCAAUUUCUCCAAAAGGUAUCUGAAGUACUUAACAAAGAAGUACUUGAAAAAGCACAAUGUGAGGGAUUGGCUUCGUGUUAUUGCCUCCAACAAGGACCGCAAUGUCUAUGAGUUGAGAUACUUCAACAUUGCUGAGAAUGAGGGUGAAGAGGAAGACUGAAGAUCUUGUUCUAUGUCUUGAGGCAUUUUCCCUUAGGUGUAAUUGCUGUGGAGUCUUGUUUAUCUAUGUUUUUUGGCAACUUGUUACCAGUUUAAAAAUUUCUGUUUUUGAUUUGGAACCAAUUAUUUCCCUCAGCAAGUUUUAUAGUUAUUAUUGGAGACUUUGUCAUAAAAAUUCAGAUUCAGUUA